CUCUCCAGUCCCCCCUCCGCUCCGUUAGCUGCCGCUGUGGCUCCGCGGUGUGAAACUCGGAGGAAACAGGAACAAACAGGACGAUUCAGGCUUUAGUCAGUUGGACCGCUGCAUGUCCACGGGCUGGGAAGAAUAAUCCACAGGUUCGGCAGAGAUUCUGGAUCUGGAAACCCCGGGACUGCAGCAAGGAAGCAGGGGAAACCGAGGCUGGGAUUGGCUCGGUUAUUUCCGGAGCGGAUCCCGAAGUGAAGCAGGGAAGGAGAAAGGAAGAUGGAGACCCCCAGGUAAACUUUUCUUAUUGCGUGGCAGACUCUCAGACACAUUGACAAGUUGUGUGUGUUUCUAAAAUUAAAACUACAUUUCUUAUUAAAGCUACAGGAACUCACUUUUAAAUUAUUUCUAGUAUAUUUGAUACAUUUGGGAGAAAAAUAUAAGUAAAUUUCCUUGUUCAUAAAGUUUUUAAACUAAAGGAUAAAUAUAAAUCUUUGGAGUCAAAUGUCUGCACAAGAAUAACGAGACUGGUUUGAUUCCUGUUUUAGUGUUGAAAGUCAUUGUAAUCCCAGACUUUAUUCUCUGUCCUGAAGGUAAAUUCAUCCAAACGUCCAUUAAAUUGUUGAUGCAUUAAUUCAUCUGUUCAUUUGUCCAUCUUUUCAACCCUCAAUUUGUUUACAUGUCCAAUAAUUUGGUGAAGUUUUGUCCAUCCAUUAACUUCUUAUGCAAUUCAUUUAUCCAAAAUUCAUCCUUCUAUCCAUCCAUCUAUUUAUCCAUGCAUCUGUCCAUCCUUUCAUCCAAUUGUUCGUCCAUCCAUCACCCAUUUGUUUAUCCAUCCAUCCAUCUUCUAUAAAAACUAUAUUAUCUCUGGCUCUGUUUGCUUCUGUAGUUCAAUAUAAAAUAAUAAUAAUAAUAAAAGUUGAGUUUAUGAACUUUUCAUCAACUCAGUUCUAAUAUUCUUAUCUUUAGAUUAUAUUUUCUCCAAUCUGCAUCAGUCCUGUGUGUUCCUCACUGAUUUGCUCUUUCUCCUCUGUAGUCCUACAUUUUGAGUGUAACAAAUCUGUUCUGGGAAAAGUUGAAGUGGGAGCCAUCCGGAACCAUGACCCGGCAGCUCUUUGGGUUCUCAGCCAACCGGCGCAUCGUCGGCGGCCUGCUGGUCAACCUCUUCUCCUCCAUCUGCAUCGUCUUCAUCAACAAGUGGAUCUACGUCCACUACGGCUUCCCCAACAUGACCCUCACCCUCGUUCAUUUUGUGGUCACGUGGUUGGGACUCUACAUCUGCCAAAAAAUGGACAUUUUCUGUCCAAAAAGCCUCCCAGUGCGCAGGAUCAUGUGGUUGGCGCUCAGCUUUUGUGGCUUUGUGGCCUUCACCAACCUCUCUCUGCAGAACAACUCGAUAGGAACGUACCAGCUGGCCAAAGUCAUGACCACGCCCGUCAUCAUCCUCAUCCAGACCACCUACUACAAGAAGACCUUCUCUACCAAGAUUAAGCUGACGCUAGUACCCAUAACCUUGGGGGUGAUAUUGAACUCCUACUACGACGUGCGUUUCAACCUGUUAGGGACGGUUUUUGCCACACUGGGGGUUCUUGUCACUUCACUUUACCAAGUGUGGGUGGGGGCGAAACAACAUGAGCUCCAGGUGAACUCCAUGCAGCUUCUCUACUAUCAGGCUCCUCUGUCAUCUGCCGUCCUCCUCGGGAUCAUCCCGCUGUUUGAGCCGCUGGCCGGAGACGGUGGGAUAUUCGGACCCUGGUCACUGACUGCUCUGGUGGCGGUGCUAUUCUCAGGUGUGGUGGCGUUCCUCGUUAACCUUUCCAUCUACUGGAUCAUCGGGAACACUUCGGCUGUAACCUACAACAUGUUUGGUCAUUUCAAGUUCUGCAUCACUCUGAUUGGAGGAUAUCUGCUCUUCCAUGACCCGCUGUCUCUCAAUCAGGCGCUGGGAAUCCUCUGUACGUUGGCAGGAAUCCUGUCCUACACUCACUUCAAGCUGCUUGAACAAGAGGAGGGAAAAAGCCGCCUGGCUCAGAAGCCAUAGGCUGACCUCUGACCCCUCACAGCAACCAGAUGAAGAAACCUCCUUAGAUGUCUCAGAAUGUUCUUAAGAGGAACAAAACAUUUCUUUAAAAUUUUGCUCUUCAGGAAGAGAAGCGGAAACAAAUCGCAGCAUCGCCUCGACUCGAAAUCCAAAGCAGUGUUAGCUUCAAAAAACAACAUUUUUAUUUUCAACAAAGAUCAGGGUAACGGCCUUUCAGGAGUUUUGGCACGGACAGAUUUGGGUCUGAAUUUUCUGCAGAAUUUCCUGUUUGAGAUUUAGUUGACAAACUGAACGGUUUUAGAGCAACGGAUCAACAGAAAUCAGACCAAAACAAAGCGUUUACCAGCAGGCGCCCCUGACGCUGCCUAUUCUGCACAUCGUUUGCGCUGCCACUCAUCAUGGGCUUCAGUGUUGUUCAUUUUAGGUAUUUAAUGAUUUAUUUACUCAUAUUCGAGGAUCAGUUUGAUUAUGUAAAACAAAGACUGCCUUUUUAUCAAUCAAGUUUUAAGCACACAGGGUUUUUGCAAAAAAGCAAAAAUACACAAAUGUUAAUGUUUGGUUAAAUGUUUGAAGAGCAAAGAAGUCGACUUUUUCAGAUCAUUCACUCUAAAUGCAUAAAGUCUUACCAAGUAUUUUUGUCUAGUUUCUAGUUCAAAUAUCUUAGUACACUUUAAAUAAAACAAAACUAACUUA